AUGUCCAGUUCAUCUUUCCUACCUUCUCAACACCCUUUCAAUGGAGCUGUUCCAGAGAGUAUUUUCAACCAGGUUGUCUCCCAAGCUGGAUGUAAUGGUUACCCAGACAUUAUGCAAUGCCUGAGGGCAGCCAAUAUUGUGCAGCUACAAACCGCCAACAACAGAGUAAAUCGGGCUGGGUUCUUCGGGACGUUCGCAACCGUGCCGGUGAUUGAAGGAGAAUUUAUCACUGAACGACCCACCCAGGCGCUGAGGCGGAGGAGACUCAAUGGAAGAGCGCUCCUGACUAUGACCAACACCUGCGAAGGCAACGACUUCGUGGAUCAAAGAACGGCCGGGACUGUCACGGCGGCAGACUAUACUCUCCGUCUGUUCCCUUACAUUGGGAUCGCAAAUGCUGCCAAUGCAGCACGACUGUAUGCUGGGGUUGGAGCGCCCAUUGACCAAGCAUGGGGGAGGGUUGAUCCUCGUAACGAUUUGUUCACGGUGUUGAUUUACGAUGCUCAUUUACAUGAAGCCAUUUUCAUCUGUCCCACCUACUUCAUGCUGAAUGCCUUCCCUGGAACCUCGUAUAAGGGAGAAUUUGCUGUCAACAAUGCGUUACAUGGUUGGGAUAUAACCUCCUACUUCCCUAGGGGAGAUGCAACUUUUGGGCGCGUGUUAGCCACCUUACGGCUCAGUAGUGUUACGAGCGGGAUGAUUGCUUGCCUUCGUAGACCCCUAGCUCCUGUUCAUUUCAUCAAGCACCUUCGAAAUAUUUGA